UAUUUAAAACACAAAGCAGAAAACGAAAAGAACAAUAGAGAGAAGGAUUAUCAAAAUGGGGAAACCAGCUGGGUAUUGGGUGAAUAAGAUUAGGACAUCAUUCAAAGGAGGAUCAUCUUCGAGCAAAUCACUAGAUGAAGGAAGUGCUUCUGGUUCUAGAAAGAACGGUAGUAAGAAUCAGAAAACAGAGGAAGGCAAUAAGAAGGGUGAAGCUGAGAGUGGGAGGAAAGUGAUGGUUGUUGUGGACACAACUUCACAGUCAAAGAAUGCUCUUCAAUGGGCAUUAACACAAUGUGUUCAAGAUGAAGACAAUAUCACUCUCCUCCAUGUCACAAAAACACCUGUAGGACAAGCUACAGAUGAGACACAAGGGCAGAGAAACUCAAGGGCUCAUGAACAAGUUCAUCCACUGAAGAACUUUUGUCAGCUCAAGAAACCUAAUGUGAAGACGGAGAUAGUGGUGGUUGAAACGGCGGAGGAGAAAGGGAAGACGAUAGUGGCGGAAGCAAAGAAACAAGGAGCUGGAGUUUUGGUUUUAGGUCAGAGAAAACGAACUUCCAAGUGGCGCGUGAUUUGGAAGUGGCGAGCAAAAGGAGGAAUAGGAGGAGGAGUGGUUGAGUAUUGUAUUCAUAACUCCGAGUGUAUGGCUAUUGCCGUAAGGAAGAAAAGUAACAACGGAGGUUACUUGAUCACCACUAAACGUCACAAAGAUUUCUGGCUCUUGGCCUAAUUUUUAUUAUUGCUAUCACACAUCUUAAAUCAAAAUCCUUUUCUCUUUUGUCUUUUGUUAAUUGAAAUGAUCUUUAUUGCUUUCUUUUGAUGUGUUCAUGGAUAUGAUUGUUCUCUAUCAUGUACUGCUGCUCUAAAGAAAAAGAACAAGAGUGUAAAGACUUUAGUUUUCAUUAUAUUUGUUAUUGUGUUGUUGAACUUAUAAAAGCUAAUUAUAAUAUAAUAAGCUAAGAAGCAUUCUUCAUGCAUACACAACCUGUAGCUAGGCAAACAGAAAAAAACUAGUCGAAAUUUUUUGGAAAUUUUUUGAUUUCAGUUGUCAAUUUAAUAUUUUUCUUAAAAUGUUUUGAUGUGUCGAUCGCCAUAUCGUUGAUAACACUUUUCUAGCGAUUUUUAACAGACCAUUAUUUGCAUUCACUAAAAAUACUCUGAAUAAGGCAUGAGUUGAUCGAUGGUCUCAUGGUCAAUAGUUAAACUAGUUUAUUUUCACCUUAAAAGAGUGCACAAAGCUUGACUAUCAUCAAGGCACAGUUGAGACUUGAGAGAGAUUGACAAAUGUAACAUUUCAAUUUUCAUUGAAGAAUACUUCAUUCCUUAUUAUAAGAUUUUCUGUCUUGCACAAAAGUUAAAGCAAUAUUUUAUCUAAAUUAAAAUUAUUCAACUAUAUGAAAAAUAUUGCAUACAAAUUGUAAGAAAAGAUUAAAAGCAAUUGAUUAAAAGUUUUGCAGAUAGAUAAGAUAAAUAAACUUAACAAAAAAAAAAGAUAAAACAUUACAAAAUAAAAGGAAGUAGAAAUGUAGAAUUCAACUCGAAUCAUUAUUCAGUCACCCUUGCAAACCCUUCUUUCGUAUAGAGAUCAUUCAUCAUUUGUUAAUCUUUUGUGCCGCAUCGUUGACGGCCGUGACAGCUCCGGCAACAGCAACGGCGGUACCGACAACACCAACGGCAGUUGCUGCAGCACUUACUGCCGUAACAGCA